UCCAGAUCAGCACUAUUUAAUGGAAAUGAAGGCCACAUAUAUAACUUAAAAUUUUCUAGUGGUCACAUUUAAAAAAACAGGUAAAAUUAAUUUUAAUAGUAUAUAUUUUUUUUGAGACAGGAUCUCGUUCUGUCACGCAGGCUGGAGUGCAGUAGUGAGAUGACGACUCACGGCAGCCUCCACCUCCCACUCCAGCGAUCCUCCUACCUCAGUCUCCGGAGUAAUUGGGACCACAGGCAGGAACUACCAUGCCCAGCUAAUUUUUUUUUUUUUUUUUAACUUUUUGUAGAGACAGGAGUUUCCCUAUAUUGCCCAGGCUGGUCUCUAACUCCUGCUCAAGCGAUCCUCCCACCUCAGCCUCCUAAAGUGCUGGAUCACAGGUGUGAGGCACCGUGUCCGGCUUACAUUUUCUUUACUGCAAUACAUUCAAAAUAUUUCAAUGUGCAACCAAUAUAAAAAGUGAUCAGUGAGGUAUUUCACAUUCCUCGAACUGACACCCGUGCGUAUUUUGCACUUCCAGUGCAUCCUAAACGAACUAGCCUCAUUUCAAGUGCUCAGUGGCCCUAAGUGGCCAAGGGGCUACACGAAUGGACAGUUCAGGUUUAAGUCCUGUGCUUUUCCCAUUUGGAGUCACCAGUCCUACUAGACAUUCUGUGAAAAAAGGGAAAGCCUUUGUGAAACUUCCUGAGGACUCACAAAUGCACAUUAUUACAUUUAGAGUUUAGAACUUUGGAUAAGGCAGCGUCCUGUAUUUGAUUCUUUCCGUCCUCCUCUCCACUAACCCCCUAUGUGACACCGUAGAACUUAUAAUUCGUUCUAAUUCGCAGAUGGAGGGAAUAUGAGAGAGGAGGCUCUGCCUCAAACACUUUCUCAAACUUUUGCCGAAGGGUGGCGAGAAGGUAGACUUCCAGGUCCCACCCGAGAUAGAUUAAGGGCUGGAAACACAGUCAAGGGGAAAUUAUGACCAAGACAACCUUUGCUAAAAUGCCAGCGGUGACUGCCAUUGAUGUUCCUAUAAAAGGUCAGCUCUGUCAGGAAGUUCCAGUGCUUCAUUUGUUCAAAAGUAAAAUCAGCCCGUGUUCCAGAAUUCGCAGACUGUCGUCACAGUCCUAACCCACACAUUUAUUCGUUCAACAAAUAUUUCAGCGCCUGGGUCAGGCAUCAGGAAUACACUGGUGGUUAAAACAGACGGAAAGCUCCAUCUGGUGGGACGCAGUCUGGGAGGGAAAGGGAGUCCUGGGGACAUGAUUUCGUCGGCUCUGGGCUAAGCACCUCUCGCCGUAUCCCACGGGGCCGGCACCGCUGCCUUUGCAGUCCAGUACGAAGUGGCGGAGUAACCGGUUCCAACCCAAGGCAGCGACUCAUGCGAGUCGUUCUAAGCGCCGCGCUGUGGGGUACACACGGUGCACGCGUGGGUGCCUCAGCCCCCUGGCAGCGCCUCCAGGGACGCUGCUCCGGGAAAGAGCAGCCGCCGCGAUCUCAGGCGGCGGAAAAGGUGAGACCUCACAAUGCGCCGGAAGCGGCGCCUCGUGGCUUGGGAUCUCUCCAGGUUCUUCCUUACGCCGUCCACGCCGCACUGCCCAAGAGAGCGUCCCCGCCCGAAGGACAACUCACCGCCCGGAGCCACCCUGACCGUUCCCUUCCACCAUCUGACACCCAUUGCUAAGUGUGAGAGGACCCGGGUGGUAAUUGCCGGGCCGCAGGCGGCCUAUGAACUCCGCUUCCCGUGAGGCUUCGCGGCGGACGGCGCUGGUGCGCAGGCGCACGCACGGCGUGCGUGGUGGCGUCAGCAGUUCUAGAACGUUGCUGUGGUAGCGCUCGGGCGCCAUGUUAGGACGAAGGGGAAGGAGGAGAAGCGCUUAAAGCGGCGGGAGCGGUGCGGGAGAGGGGUUGGACCCAAGGCUGAGGCAGGCCGCCCCCUCCCUCCCGCCUCAGUGGAUCAUGCCCAGGGCGGCAGCGGCGGCGGUUGCGGGGGGGAAGUGACUGGGCGGUGCCGGCGCCGGAGACGAUGCCGUUUCCAGUUACAACACAGGGAUCACAACAAACACAACCGCCACAGAAGCACUAUGGCAUUACUUCUCCUAUCAGCUUAGCAGCCCCCAAGGAGACUGACUGCGUACUUACACAGAAACUAAUUGAGACAUUGAAACCCUUUGGGGUUUUUGAAGAGGAAGAGGAACUGCAGCGCAGGAUUUUAAUUUUGGGAAAACUAAAUAACCUGGUAAAAGAGUGGAUACGAGAAAUCAGUGAAAGUAAGAAUCUUCCACAAUCUGUAAUUGAAAAUGUUGGAGGAAAAAUUUUUACAUUUGGAUCUUACAGAUUAGGAGUGCAUACAAAAGGUGCUGAUAUUGAUGCGUUGUGUGUUGCACCAAGACAUGUUGAUCGAAGUGACUUUUUCACCUCAUUCUAUGAUAAGUUGAAAUUACAGGAAGAAGUAAAAGAUUUAAGAGCUGUUGAAGAGGCAUUUGUACCAGUUAUUAAACUCUGUUUUGAUGGAAUAGAGAUUGAUAUUUUGUUUGCAAGAUUAGCACUGCAGACAAUUCCAGAAGAUUUGGAUCUACGAGAUGACAGUCUGCUUAAAAAUUUAGAUAUAAGAUGUAUAAGAAGUCUUAACGGUUGCAGGGUAACCGAUGAAAUUUUACAUCUAGUACCAAACAUUGACAACUUCAGGUUAACUCUGAGAGCUAUCAAACUAUGGGCCAAACGCCACAACAUCUAUUCCAAUAUAUUAGGUUUCCUCGGUGGUGUUUCCUGGGCUAUGCUAGUAGCAAGAACUUGCCAGCUUUAUCCAAAUGCAAUAGCAUCAACUCUUGUACAUAAAUUUUUCUUGGUAUUUUCUAAAUGGGAAUGGCCAAAUCCAGUGCUAUUGAAACAGCCUGAAGAAUGCAAUCUUAAUUUGCCUGUAUGGGACCCAAGGGUAAACCCCAGUGAUAGGUACCAUCUUAUGCCUAUAAUUACACCAGCAUACCCACAACAGAACUCCACGUACAAUGUGUCCGUUUCAACACGGAUGGUCAUGGUUGAGGAGUUUAAACAAGGUCUUGCUAUCACAGAUGAAAUUUUGCUGAGUAAGGCAGAGUGGUCCAAACUUUUUGAAGCUCCAAACUUCUUUCAAAAGUACAAGCAUUAUAUUGUACUUCUAGCAAGUGCACCAACAGAAAAACAACGCCUGGAAUGGGUAGGCUUGGUGGAAUCAAAAAUCCGAAUCCUGGUUGGAAGCUUGGAGAAGAAUGAAUUUAUUACACUGGCUCAUGUGAAUCCCCAGUCAUUUCCAGCACCCAAAGAAAAUCCCGACAAGGAAGAAUUUCGCACGAUGUGGGUGAUUGGGUUAGUGUUUAAAAAAACAGAAAACUCUGAAAACCUCAGUGUUGAUCUCACCUAUGAUAUUCAGUCUUUCACAGAUACAGUUUAUAGGCAAGCAAUAAACAGCAAGAUGUUUGAGGUGGAUAUGAAAAUUGCUGCAAUGCAUGUAAAAAGAAAGCAACUCCAUCAACUACUACCUAAUCAUGUGCUUCAGAAAAAGAAAAAGCAUUCAACAGAAGGUGUCAAAUUGACAGCUCUCAAUGACAGCAGCCUCGACUUGUCUAUGGACAGUGAUAACAGCAUGUCUGUGCCUUCACCUACUAGUGCUACGAAGACCAGUCCAUUGAACAGUUCUGGCAGCUCUCAGGGCAGAAACAGUCCUGCUCCAGCUGUAACAGCAGCAUCUGUGACCAACAUACAGGCUACUGAAGUUUCUGUGCCACAAGUAAAUUCCAGUGAAAGCUCAGGGGGUACAUCGAGUGAAAGCAUUCCUCAAACUGCCACACAACCAGCCAUUUCUCCACCACCAAAGCCUACGGUCUCCAGAGUUGUUUCUUCAACACGUCUGGUAAACCCACCACCUAGAUCUUCAGGAAAUGCAGCAACUUCAGGAAAUGCAGCAACAAAAAUACCUACUCCUAUAGUAGGAGUCAAGAGGACAUCCUCACCUCAUAAAGAAGAGAGUCCCAAGAAAACCAAAACAGAAGAGGAUGAAACAAGUGAAGAUGCUAACUGUCUUGCUUUGAGUGGACAUGAUAAAACAGAAGCAAAGGAACAACUUGAUACAGAGACAAGUACAACUCAAUCAGAAACUAUUCAGACAGCGGCUUCUCUGUUGGCCUCUCAGAAAACAUCCAGUACAGACCUUUCUGAUAUCCCUGCUCUCCCUGCAAAUCCUAUUCCUGUUAUCAAGAAUUCAAUAAAACUGAGAUUGAAUCGGUAAAAACAACCUCAGGGGUCCAUAAACAAUAUCUGCCAACUCAACCUGUUGUCUUCAAAUGCUAAAAAAGGAGAAUGGAGGGUACAAGACUAGACAUGACUGAAAUGGAUUUGGGUUUUUGGUGACCUCCCUUACUGGGCUAAUCAGCACUUGAUCGGAAGUCCAGGUUAGUAUGUGAAGCCAGGAGUACUAUUAUUAUUGUGUUAGCAACAGUUGCAUUAACUAUUUCAAAAAUUACUGCCUUUCAAAAAAACAACCUCAAGCUAUAUUUGUAUUCAUAAUUGACAUCUGGAUUGGGUUUAUGUUUGAUGCAUUGUUUGGAAAAUUUGCAAUACAAACUGGCAUAAGAAUUACUUAUUCUGAUGAUGCACUUUUAUGUAUUUUUCAUUAGAAAGUAGAACUAAUUUUAGAUUUUCAGCUUGAUGGAUUUUCAGUUUUUCCUGAAGAAUUUUCUUUACCAUUAGUCUUCAAAUUGGAUACCGUUGUAAGGUGGUGUACUGUUAUACUUCAGAGAAAGGGUAAGAGUGCAUCUAGUUCAGUUCCUAUGAGGUAGCUGUAACCCUUAAAAAUGGAAACAUCAACUCUAGGGUACAUUUGACAUUGAAAGAAUAGUUAGGAUAUAACUUGGUUUUGAUAGGGUCAUGAUUAAGAAAUGAUAUAUUGGUUUUAUUUAUGGAAUUGUUUUAUAGUGCAUACAAAUCAGCGAUCAGCCAGCAAAUGUUUUUCUUUGAGCUUAUGAAAGCUCUGUAUUCUUUUGCCUUCAAUCUGUUGUCUCCAAAACAAACAAACAAAAAAAGCUUCUUGCGCCUUCCCCUCCCCUCUUUUCUUCCUUUUUCUUUUUGCUUGUAUGCACAAGGUAGGACUUACUUCGUAAGAAACAAAAUGCCAGUAUUUUCUUAAGCCAUGAUGUGAAACCAAUGACCCUGUGACCACGUGGCACAGAACACUAAAUUUUGGUCCCAUGGCUGAAACUUGAGGGUGACUAAAAGUAAUGCCUGUGAAACGUGAUAUCUAUCUGGGAUGGCCAUUUGAUCUCUAAGAGGAAUUUUGUACACUCCACAGAACUCCUAUCUAUAGUAAAAUUGAUUUUCAGUUUUAAACGUGGGCAAAAAGGCAUUUUCUCCAAGAUUUUAAAACUAAUUCUUACUUUUAAAUGGUUUACCAAAAUUUGUCAGUACAUUUUACAUGUAGAAGCAUUUUAAAAAUCAUUUCUAGCAAGCACUUGACAUCUAGUCAGCUCUCUAUUCCUUUAUUUUGUUUUAUCAAAAGAUUAAGAGCUCCUUUCUUUGAAUAAAAUAAUUUCUCAUAAUUAAGCAGUAGAAGAUCUAUCUUUACAAAGAAUGAGGGAUGCCAGAUGUUGAUAAACUUUUUCUUAAUCUGGACAAAGUCAACUUAACAGAUUUUUCUGAUGAGCAUGUUUUAUGAAUCCUCCAUUGUGCUCCAUUCUAUCACGUGCAUUUUUCAUGUUAAACUGCAAUUACUUAAUCUCUUCCCCUAUCCUUCUAAAUUGAUUUUCUGAAGCUGGAGUGUAGUCUUUUCCCCCUUAGGCUAUGCAUUAAUCGAAGCUUUCUUUUCACCAUGACUUUAUAAUGUCUAGUAAACAAUAUUUCUACUUCCCACAUCUUUGCUUUACACAGUCACCUUGCCCUUCCUUCCACCACCGAAGAAAAAAGAUGGUCAUACUAACAGGUGAAGUGUACAAGGUGUCUGUGUGUUUUGUGUAGCUUCAGAGUUAGAUUGAAAUUACCAGGCACAGAUUUAGUCUUGUCAUUUUGUUUACACAUUGGGGAAAACAAUUCAGUUUAUUAAACGUUUCAUGUAACUGCACCCAAGUUUUGCCAAGCUGGAAACUUGGACCUUUUCUGUGUAGUGACUUUUUAAUUAUAGUUUUCAUAACCUGGAGAUCAGACUGUUGCUUUCGCAUGAUGUAUGUAGUGUCUCAUGACUGGAGUUUGCUUUGUUUUAUAGUAUCUGUACUCCUUGUAUUUUUCAAGAGCUAUUUUGUAAACAGAUGAUGUAUUUCUCCAUUGAAAACACAAUAAAAAAAAAAAACAGCACAA